CGUGGCCACCAUGGGGGCCAGACUGCCCCUCUUCCUCCUCCUGACCCUCCUGGGCAGCUCACAAGGAGCAGGGCCGGGGAUGACCCUGCGGCUGAAGCUGAAGGAUUCCUUUGUGGCAAAUUCAUCCUAUGGCUCCAGCUUCCUGGAACUGCUCCAGAAGCUCUGCCUCCUGCUCCACCUCCCGCCAGGGACCCGCGUGACCCCCCAUCAGGCAGGAUCCCCACACCACGUCACCUGCGCAGGCUGAGAGCAGUUGGAGCUGCCCUGGGGGGCAGGGGUGGCCCCAGCUUCAGCAGGCUCCCUGCUGCAUGGCAGUAAAUAUGCUGAAUCCCUGGCUGAGGGCGGCUGUGGGUUCCGAGUAGAAGGCGGCUGUGGGGCGGCUGUGGGUUCCAAGUAGAAGGCGGCUGUGGGGCGGCUGUGGGUUCCAAGUAGAAGGCGGCUGUGGG